AUGCCGAGCUUUGAGUGGCUGAUGACCAUGUUUAACAUGGCAAUUCCUCGGGACUACGUCUCCAAUCUGGAAGAGCAGAUUGCAGAGCUCACCAAGGAAGUCCAGGCUCUGCGAGAGCACACACGGGACAAUCCAGUGGCAGCCGAAACCGUUGCGAACACUGCAAAAGACUCCCACUCAAACCAGGAGACAGGAAUUGUUCAUGUGGAAAGACAAUCUGCCUCUGAUGAAAGCUCACCCCUUUUCCAGGACUUGGUCUCAAGCGUCAAAAACGUCGUGGUCGAACCUUCCCAUCAGCCGCGGUUUUUGGGACAAAGCAGUGGCAUCUCGUUCGCCAAAAUGGUUAUGGCAGCCAUUCAUGUUGACAACCUGUCAUCGCUAUCGGUUCCGGAGCCACAACCCUUUCGUGAAAUCUCACUGUCCACCCCGGCCAAAGUCUCACUGCCGCCACGCCAUGUUGCAGACCAUUUGGUCGAUGUUUACUUCCAAUACCGUACACCUCAUCUACCAAUCCUAGCUCGUUCUCAAGUAGCCAAAGCAAUUGAUAGCGCAUAUCGUCCCCUCGGAAGCACCCAAGCCUCAGGUGGAGUACCUGAGAGGGACAUGUUCAUGACCUACAUGGUCUUCGCCAUCGCUCUCGUCGACGUUCCUCACACGUCUGGGGGCCGACCAAGUCAGAGUGAGGGAUGUUUCCGUUCGGCACUCGUCUGGGUCGAAAAGCUCCUCUCGUACUCGAAGAAUGACCUCGAAACUCUCCGUACUGUACUGCUGCUGGCUCAAUUCGUCGCUUUAUCCCCUUCUAGAGGGAGCCUUUGGCAUCUAACAGGCUUCGCUCUGCGCCUUUGCAUCGACGUGGGCUUACACUGGGAAACUGAAGUGCAGUGCCUCAAUAUGGACCCUGACGUGUUGGACGACCGAAGGCGACUAUGGCACUCUACAUAUCACUUCGAUCGUCUCCUCUGCAUCACUCUCGGACGACCAUUUGGGAUCCUCGACGAAAGCACACGUGUCCAGCUUCCAAAUCCAUGGACAGGAUCUCGUCAAGGCCUUGGGCGACAACAAAUCAGCGAUUUCGACAUCCACACUCAUCGAGCUCACAACCACUUAUUUAACCUAGCUAGACUCGAAUCCGAGAUCAAGCACGUACAACAUAGCCAAGUCUGGGCUCUGAGACUAGCUUACCCCCGGCCCAACUGGAAGCACUGGCUGCAGGACAUUCAGCCCCGCUUGCACGAGUGGUAUGCAACUAUUCCAGAAAUCAGUAAAGCACAUCCAUCAUCGAUAUUUUCAUUUCAAGCCUACUGGGAGGUUGUUUACCACAACGCUAUUCUACUGCUCUAUCGCCCCCACUACAGCACUUUGUACCAGUCAACAGAAGAGCUGUUCAUCUUCUUCGAAGCUUCUUCCAAAGUCAUCGUCGGGCUUAAGCUCUUGCAACGAGAGGGGAGAGUUGAAAUGUUAUGGAAAUCAGUUCAUCACCUCUUCAUGGCCGGGUUAGGAGUCAUAUACGGCCUCUGGCACUCGAAAGAGAUUCGCGAUCAGAAUCCUGUUGCUAAAUGUAUCUCCACACUUCAGUCCUGCGCAUCAACGCUUUCUGCUAUGUCAGAAACCUUCCAAGGAGCCGCAGGAUGUCGGAAUGCCUUUGAUACUCUUUCUUCCGCGACGAUAGACUGGCUAGUCACCAGGGAUAUCGAAGACGUACGCCAGAACCGUUUGGAGUUCGAGAGCCACGUAAGGGAAUUGAUGAAUCAAUUACAGCUCCCUCGAGAAGGCAGAACGAGUCAAGACCAUCACGGACCCGACCACAUGUCAGCCAUGCUCUCCACGGAUAGUUUCGACCUCAGUGAAUUGCUCAAUACAGCUGCGCAGUGGCCUGAUCUCGGGGAGCUCGAUUUCGUCAUGGGCGAGCAAGAUCUAAUGACAGACACUGCACUUUAUCCUUCUGCGGUUGGUGCCGUAUAG